AUGGAGUACUUUAGUCUCAAGAGAUCUAGCGUUGCCGACGGCGGCGCGCCUAAUCUGUCCAGCAAGGUCUACGUACGGUCGACAAAGAGUGGCAAGGUGCAAAAGAUCGUGAGGGAACUCUACUUGCGGCAAGACAUUCCAUGCUCGUCAAAUCUCUGCAGAGCAUGCCUGCAAAUUGCGCCUACCGAUUACAGCAAGAAAGUUGCGCCCUUCGUGCUCUCAGAUACCCCGGCGGGGUCAAAAAAUUUCCCAAAUGGACAGUACCUGGUUCCUGAUACGAAUGCUUUCCUCACUGGCAUGGAUUUGUUUGAGGUGGAGACCGCGUUUCACGACGUUAUCGUCCUACAGACCGUUCUGGAAGAAGUCAAGAACCGCUCAUUACCGCUCUAUCAUCGCUUGAUUGCCUUGACCAAGAAUGAGGGAAAGCGCUUCUACGUCUUCUUCAACGAGUUCCGUCAGGAGACUCAUGUAGCCCGAGAAGCUGGAGAAACCAUCAAUGAUCGGAACGACAGGGCGGUUCGGAAGGCGGUUCAGUGGUACAACCAGCAUAUCAAGCAAGCCAUCUCUGCGAGAAGCAGGAAGCAGACACGAGUUCCUUCGGUGGUCAUGAUCACCGAUGACAGGGAUAACCUGCGAAAGGCAAAGGCGGAGCAAAUUCCGGCCAUCACGCUGGUCGACUUCGUCACCGGUCUCGAGAAUGCGAACGAGCUGCUGGACAUGAUCAGCGCCGCGCAAGAUCAAAGAGAAGUCAGGUCCAGGAAGACGGAGGUCUUCUAUCCGGAAUAUUACAGCAUAUCGAAGAUGAUGACUGGAGUCAAAGCCGGUACCAUGCAUCAAGGCAUCUUCAACGUCUCGCCAUACAAUUAUCUGGAGGGUUCAGUCCAUGUCCCAGCAUUCGACAAGUCGCUCCUCAUUCUCGGUCGAGAGAACGGUAAUCGAGCCGUAUCUGGAGAUGUCGUCGUCGUCGAAGUACUUCCACAAGACCAGUGGAAAGCGCCGUCUACUAAGAUCAUCGAAGAAGAGACGUUGAACAAGAACGACAACCCCGAUGUGGAAGAUGGCGAGAACAUCGUAUCCGAGCGGGAACGAAAAGCUCUUCAAGAAGAGGUAAAGCGGGCACAUGGCCAGAGCUCGGAAGGUAGGCCACAGCCGACUGCUCGGGUGGUUGGUAUUGCCAAGCGAAAUUGGAGACAGUACGUUGGGCACAUCGACCGAGAUUCCGUUCGGUCAACGUCCAAAUCGAGCAGACAGCAGCAGAUGGUUUUCCUGGUUCCCAUGGACAAGCGCAUACCAAAAAUUAGGAUACGAACUCGGCAAGCUGGAGAGCUCGUGGGACAGCGGAUUUUGGCAACAAUUGACUCUUGGGAACGAGACUCACGAUAUCCAGUGGGGCACUUCGUACGGUCACUCGGCGAGCUCGAAUCUAAGGGAGCUGAAACUGAAGCUCUGCUUCUGGAAUGGGAUGUGCAGUAUAAACCGUUCCCCAAGACGGUAUUGGACUGUCUCCCAACUGAAGGACAUGACUGGAAGGUUCCAGCUAGUCUCAACGAUCCCGGAUGGAGUGGCCGCAAAGACCUCCGAGAUCUCUUAGUUUGCAGCAUUGACCCACCCGGCUGCGUUGAUAUCGACGAUGCACUUCAUGCACGAAAGCUGCCGAACGGAAAUUUCGAAGUUGGCGUACAUAUCGCCGACGUGUCGCACUUCGUCAAGCCGAAUAACGCCAUGGAUAAAGAGGCCAGUCAGCGAGGAACGACUGUUUAUCUUGUCGAUAAGCGGAUAGAUAUGUUACCAAUGCUACUUGGAACGGACCUAUGCUCGCUAAAGCCAUACGUGGAACGAUAUGCCUUCUCUGUCCUUUGGGAGAUCACCCCUGAUGCGGAUAUCGUAUCGUCGCAGUUUACCAAGUCUGUCAUUCGUUCAAGAGAAGCCUUCAGCUACGAGCAGGCACAGAUACGUAUCGACGACAACUCCCAACAGGAUGAUCUCACGGCCGGCAUGAGGACGUUGUUGAUGCUCUCGAAGAAGCUAAAGCAGAAGCGGUAUGAUGCCGGCGCACUCAAUCUUGCCUCUCCAGAAGUCAAGGUCCAGACCGAGUCUGAGACGUCUGAUCCAGUGGACGUUCAGACAAAGAAGCUCCUCGACACGAACUCUCUCGUGGAAGAGUUCAUGUUGCUUGCCAACAUCAGCGUCGCAGCAAAGAAUUACGAAGCAUUCCCUCAAAUGGCUCUCCUGCGUCGCCACGGCGCACCUCCGAAGACUAACUUUGAAGAGCUCGGCAACCAGCUCAAAGUCAAAAAGGGUCUUGAGCUGCGAACGGAUAGCUCGAAGGCGCUUGCGGAUUCCUUAGACACAUGCGUAGACCCAAAGGAGCCGUUCUUCAACACGCUCGUUAGGAUUAUGGCGACGCGGUGCAUGAUGUCUGCAGAAUACUUCUGCGCCGGCACCCAAGCAUACCCAGAAUUCAGGCAUUACGGUCUUGCUAGCGAGAUCUAUACCCACUUCACAUCGCCAAUUCGCCGCUAUGCCGACCUUGAAGCUCACAGGCAGCUUGCCGCAGCCAUUGACUACGAGCCGCUUGAUGCCUCCCUCCAAUCUAAAGGGAAGCUUGAAGGUGUCUGCAAGAACAUCAACGUGAGACACCGCAACGCGCAAAUGGCCGGCCGCGCGUCUAUCGAAUACUACGUUGGGCAAGCGCUCAAGGGCAAGGACAUUCAAGAAGAAGGCUUCAUCAUGAAAAUCUUUUCGAACGGCUUUGUGGUAUUUGUGCCACGGUUUGGUGUGGAGAGUUUGAUAAGGUUAAGGGAUUUGGCGACUCCAGAGCCGGAAGCGGAUUUCGAUGCGGAGAACUACAUGCUCAAGAUCAAGGGGGACGUGGGUAGGACCGUGGAGUUGUUCGAGAAAGUCAUGGUGCGCAUCACGGAUGAGGUGGAGAAGACUACGGGCAAGAGAAAGGUUAGGUUGACGCUGGUUUGA